GACAUUAUUUCUUUUACAUCUUUAGGUCAAUAACAUAAGACUCGACCAUGACGUCAUUUCUUACCGCGUUAAAUGGAUUUUAUUCGAAUGUAAACAGCAAUGACACCGUGGCGGAUUGUGUUUCCAAAAUCCCAACGUCAGAUUUCCAUUUCUACCUUCUAAUACCAUCAAUUUUGUUAACUCUGUUGUUGUCAUUCACUCUAAGGAGGAAGAGUAGAGGAUUGCUAUGUUGUUGGGGUCGUCCUGGAGCUGUGUUUCCUAUGGAUAUAUUGGGUAAAUCGCACAGAUUUUCAUACGCAGCCGCUUGGGGUUCAAUAGCGUUCCUCGCUACAGAUAUGGUGUUUGGAUCUACAGCUAUUGUAAACCUACAGGGACCUUCAUACAUAACAGUUUUUAACAAAAUACUUUCCAUGAUCAUCAUUGGGAUUGAUUACUUCCCUUUGUUUGCUGCGCUUGGACUUGAGUCAGUAUCUGGACAUGUUAUAGGCACUUCCUACUCCUGGAUGCUUCUUAGUAUUCAGAUUUUCAGAGAGGUCGAAUGUGACCUAGUUGUGCAAACACGAAUAAUAUUAGUGCUCCGUGACCUUCCUAAUCUACUCUGUUUGAGUUACCUAUCGAUAAGCAUUCCAGUCCGUGCCAUUCGAGCUUUGAAGCAAAAGACUAUCCGAUUAUUCGAUGCAUCCGAAGUUGUGUCAGUUUUGGACAUGAGUAAAGAUAUUCACAAGACACCGGAAGCAAUUCACGUGAAGAGUAUUCUCAGACCACCACCGCUCCCACUACAAACUGGAGAAGACGAAAGCCGAUUUCGAAAAAUAUCAGCAGUUGUUAAAAAGUUAGUUGGUGAAUUGGUAUACAGAAGAAAACAAAAUUUCCGUUACUCAGCAAGAAUUUUAUCUGUGAUGUUAAUCGGAACUUUUGUUAUAUACAAGGUGACCCUGGAGACUAUUGUCCUAGUGAUAUCAAUUCUAAAGCUCACAGAAGAUGGUUUUGACAUAUUCUUUGAUGAAAUAGGCAAGGAAGACCAGCCCGAUGACGAUGAAUAUACCCCGACAUUGAGAGCUAUUGCAAUACUUGUUUAUUAUUUAAUUAUAAACGGAAGAAUAUGCUUCCUGGUAGCAAUGAGUCUUGCCUGUGUCACAAGUGCGUUAACAAUCCUCAACAUGCUGUCCUCUUACAGAUCAACCUUGUUUGAGUUGUAUAGAGGUGACAUAACGCACAUACCACAUAGAUCAACAAGAUCAAAUUCAUCUCUGCUGAUUGGAAGCAUGACAUAUGCUGGCUACCAAGUUGCCUACAUUGCAUGGGGCUUGGUUAUACAUUUCAUAAUAUUGUUUAUAGUGGCUCUGGCGGUUUGUAUAGUCAUUACACUUAUACAGUUGGGAUACUACCAAUGGCUCUUAAGACUUCUUGCAAACGCGUGCAUAAAUAAAUUUUCCAGGCCAGCGUUAUUGAUGACGAUUAUUGUAAUGAUUACACAGACGAUUGUAUCUAAAUUUGCAUUUCUUCAAGAGAAAGGCGAAUUUCUGGCAUUAAACAAUAGGCGUGUACUGUUUAGUUUCACAUUUUUCAUGUUUUUCUACAACAUUUUCGUUGGCUUCCUCUCCUGCUUGUUGAGAAUUAUAAAGUCUAUUGGGAUCGGAGCAGCAAUGUUACCACGACUUGAUAACAGUGUCUUACCAAGACGAUUUCAGAUGUUUGAUCCUGGUUUUGCAAACUAUUGUGGGUUCAUGCAUGUUGAGGCAACACAUACACACCCAGUGAUGCUUGUCUUUUUACGACUGUUACUGCUAACUAACCAAACAGAUGAUGAUGACAAUAAAUCAAGUGGACCAUCCGAUUCAACUGCUAUUGUGUCAGUUGAUAUGAACGAAAAAGACAAAGAAAUGCAGAUGUUUGGUAGAUCAGGUUCGAAAGCCAGGACGAGAUGGUUUCUAUUUUACACUUUACAAAACAAUCCUUCCUUAAGAACACACAGGAAAUUUCACAUACGGUUGAUGAAACAACUGAGAGACCGGCGAGCUAAUCUAUGACUAAAGGGCAGUAUUGUCGACGACUUAGAUAAUGACAAUGAUGUCGUCGAUGAUAGAAAGGAAGAAAAUAGUAUACAGUAAACUCCGCCUUAUAACGAACUCAAUUGGACAUUCAAAAUCUGUUCCUUAUAUCCAGAGUUCCUUGUAAGCAUUUAGCGAAUUAGUUCUUUGUAUCAGGAGUUUUUAUAGCAAACAGAUUUACAUAUAACGAACUGAUUGUUUACCAUUGUUCGCCAUUUUGAAGAGCAUUUGAUUAAGAAAAAAUAGUCCAUUGUUUCUAUUUUAGACACAAUAGCCGAGAGCGUACUUUUUGGAAUUUGAAAAUCAUUGCUAUUUCAGUUUUAGUUUUACUCCCUAUCUCAAUUUCUCAUAAAAUAUAAUAUUUUGUUUCUAAACUCUUUUCGUUUUCUUUCCUUGAUUGAGAAUAAAAAAAAAAAAUUUCGAUUUUUCCUUCCUUUUAUAUUGAAUAUCUUCUAUUAUAAUUUAAGGGUGACGUUUAGUAAUGUAAGAUAUAGAUUUCUUUUCAUUUAAAUCAAGCGUACUUUGCAGUUUGCAAUGGAGCAUGCUUGCAAGCAUGCGUGAUAAUGUUGAAAACCGAUUAUGAAUUAUUAUAAUUAUUUUAUUCGAGCAAAACUAUUGAAGAAAAGAAAUAAAUAACCGUUUUAUUUUGGUGAAAAUAUCCUAAAAAGAAAACUAUACAAAUUCAUUUUAAUAGAUGUAUUGAAGUACAUACAACAAUAAACGGUACACUCGGCCGAGUUUAAAUCCGUGCCAAUGAAAACGAAAGUUGAAAAUGCGUGAUCUAUUUACGGAUAGCCAAUAUUUUGGAGUUCGUUAUAAAAGUGUAAUUUUCUGUACUUUUAACUAAAUUGGGAUUAAGAAAUGAGUUCCUUAUAAGCGAUAAUUCCUUAUAACCGUGUUCGCUAUAACCAUAUAUUUUUAUAUUCGGGCCAAAAUAAAUUGUUCUCUAUAACUGGAAAUUCGCUAUAACCGUGUUCGCUUUAAGUGAAGUUUGUUAUAUACAUCAGCGAAUAUACUUAUUCAGAUAAACUUGAUUUGGGAGAUAGAAGUAUGUCGGUUGUUAUCUCACCAAACAGCAGUGUCAAAGUUCCGACGUUCAAAUGGAGGAAGGCUACCGUAAAACCAAUUAAUACAGAUGAAAAUUGUUGAAAAAAUGUUUAUUUUAUCAUUGUAUUAGACACUCUAGCAAAAUAUGAUUUGCAGUUUUACUUCAUUGCAAAUUAGUUCAUUAUUUUAAUGAUCAAUGUUGUAAUUUUAAAUGAACGCUCUUUUCGUAUUUUUUUACCCAUACAAAACAAAGAGUAUGAAUGUACUGUUGUUUUUGGCUCCUUGGACUGUCUGUUAACGUUUACAAUAAGUAUAGCUAGCUUAUAACUUUUACAAAUAAAGUAAACGUUUCCCUUGUAAUUAUAGUUUUCUGUGUAUGUAUAUUGUCUUAGCUUCACGCGCAUUGACAUGCAUGGAAAAAGAUAAAAUUUUAAUCAUGU